AACAACAACCAGCUGAAGUCACUGCAGGGUGAACUGUCAGAGGUCAUCCUCACCUUCAGCUCCAUUAACGACACACUGAAGGGCCUCGAACACACUGUGCACAAACAUGGCAGCGUCAUCACUGACCUUGGAAACACCAAGGACAAGAUCAUCUCGGAGCUGGAUAAGAUCCAGUUGGAGGUGACGGAGCACACUGAAGACACCAGGGACCGUCUGGAGGACCUGAACCGGGACCUCCAACGGCUGGAGAACACGGUGGUCUCAGACCUGGGUGACUGUAAACGGUCUGGAGACGGGCUGGAGAAGAGGCUGUCCAAGUUGGAGGGCGUGUGUGGGCGGCUGGACAGCGUCUCUGAAUCUGUGGUCAAGAUUAAGGAAGGACUCAAUCGUCAGGUGUCCAGUUUGUGGACUGGGUUCUCGGGGGUUAAUGGCACGCUCAUCAAUCAAAGACGAGACCUAGAUGUUUUAUACAAGAACCAGGACAGUAUCAAUGGCAAGAUGAAGAACCUGAACCUCACCAUAGACCAGAUCCUGAAGGAUGUGAACAGAUUCUCUGAACUGGAGCUCAUCGGUCAAACAGGACCACCAGGGCCUCAGGGAGAGAGGGGGUACCCUGGGCCCCGGGGCCCCCCUGGACCUCCAGGAGAACAAGGACUGAACGGUGCUGUUGGUCUGCCUGGAAUUCCUGGUGCUGAUGCUGACGUUCCCAAACUGUCAUUCUCCGCCGCUCUCACCAUCCCCAUGGACCGGGCUGGAACCAUCAUCUUUGACAAGGUCUUUGUCAACAAGGGGGGUUUCUAUGACUCUAGAACAGGAAUUUUCACGGCUCCAGUAAACGGACAUUACUUCUUCAGCGCUAUUCUCACCGGACACAAGAAUGAAAAGAUUGAGGCAGUUCUGUCCAAGUCCAACUAUGGGAUGGCUCGGGUGGACUCUGGCGGCUACCAACCUGAAGGCCUGGAGAACAACCCCGUAGCUGAAGCUAAGAUUACGCCGGGCGCCCUGGCCGUCUUCAACAUCAUCCUGCCGCUGCAGUCACGGGACACGGUCUGUGUGGACCUGGUGAUGGGGAAACUGGCCCACUCCGUGGAGCCGCUCACUGUCUUUAGCGGUAUCCUCUUGUACGAGGACCUGUGAGCACACACAACUGACACGUGACGACGCCACACAUCCUGACAUGACGUGGCCACAAAGGAAACAUUUUUGUCAGUUUAUCAGAGUUCUAAUAGGCCAGGUCUGGAAAUGUUAAUGGUGAGCGUAGCCUCAUGUUAGCGGCUAAAAACCGGGGGCUAACAUUUCAGUGUUUGUCAUGGCUAACUUUGUAACUAUCAGUAACACAUAGUGUUUUAGCGUCCAUGGUUGUUAGAACACCGCUCACCAAAAAACCCUCGUUUUGGUCAAACUCACAGUUAUUGGAGACAAAUGUUGAGUCAUGGUUGGGAGUUUGAAUAUAAAAUAUUUCAGAGCAGCUAACAUCUUUCUAAACGUUUGCACUAACUCCCCCAACUAUGACUUAACUAAACCAGCCAGCACUAGUUAGCAACCGCCUCCUCUAAUUUACAACAGCAUGAUUUUAUAAGGCUAGUCUAUAAAAUAUAAAACUAAAUUUUAAUGGCUAGCAGUUUUAAUCAAAAUGUCUUUUUUUACACCAAUUUGAUUAGUAAGCACAUGCUGAAUCUAGUUUUGAUUACAGAGAAACGUUAACAGAAUUUUUCCUUGUUUAGCUCACUAUUGUUUAGGAAUCCUAGAGGUGUUUUAAACUAAAUUGAAUUUGGUCAAUAAUAUUAAAUCUAAUGAAUGUGGAUAGCUAAUACAUCAAAUCAAACCUUAAUUGUGCGUUAAUAAAAAUGCUGGAUGCUCAUCGUCGUUACUUCAUCGUUACCAACUCUUGCGAUGAUAUCAGCCUUGACAGACACUGCAUUGCUAGCCUCCUAAAGACAAGGCUUUCAGUAGGUAUCAGGCCACACCCACUGAUGAGUGGGAACGUAAUUCGUACAAACUAAGCAUGGCGAGGAAUCUCGAUUGACACUGAUGAGAAGAGGAUGUGAGGAGUGUCUGAUCGGGUCACAUGACCUGAUUUCACACAAACUUUCUGCUUUCCAUUCCAGUCUGUGGUGCCAUUACUGCCAUCUGCAGACUUUGUAGGUUAUUGCAGCCCCAUUGUUCAACAGCACACUGACCAAUGGCUGAAUUUCCUAGAAGGCUUAUCACCAGAGGAGCAGGACUGAAACUUGGGCUCAAUCAUUGACAUUGAGUUGUACUAACAACAACAGUAAAUGUUAAUCGUCUAUUCCAGACUGAGCUAACAACUGUUGAGGCUAUUUUUUAGACUAUUUACGAUUGUUAAGAAAAUGUUUAACUAACAACGUGCUUUAAUUUUAACUUCCAACAGAUCACACACUCUGGACUUUCUUUACUCAGAUUUACAACAGAAACAAAAACAUAGGAACUCAACUCGGACUGUUGAAUUAGUUGACACAACGAUGCAGUUUACAGACUUUUCCGAGCUAACUUCAUUUACAUAAUUAACCUGAUUCAUUUGAACAUUUACUAAGAUCAAAAUUCUUUUGGGGCUAAUGCUAAGCUAAUAAAGUUAUCCAGGCAGAACAAAGAAAAGUACAGUAAGUGCAAGGACUAUGUAAUGUUCUGCUGUGAAAUCUGUGAGUUUAAACCCGUCCAAGUCGCCAGAACCUUUGGAACAUUUCAAACAUCUGAAUAUUACAACUUAAGACAUCAAUUUUACAUAUUUAACGAAUUCUCCUCCAACAGAAAUCUAGGAAAAUGUGUAUUUGUUUUUUGUUUUUUUUCUUCGUUUUUUUGUGCUUUAUAAAAGCAGUGAUGGUGUGUCUUUACACACUGUCACAGUUUGGAUCUUUUGUAUCGACCGGCACCUUCUUCUGUAGUUUUCAUGUUUAUAUAUUUAAACCUGAUAAACAUAUGACAUUUUUACAGUAUAACUACAAGUUUAAAAGAAGCACAAAGUAUGCAACUGUUUUCUAAUUAAACACAGAAGGCAUUAAAUAUAGGAAGAUAGAAAAACAGCAUGAAAAAUCUGUCUGGGUUUCAGAUAAGGAUUAGUUUUUGAAUUGUUAUUUAAGUCACACAGUCUUUGACCUUCAUGUAUUAAAUACACAUGGAUCACAACACGAGGGGUUGAUUUUCUUCUUCUCUAUGUAGAUCAGUUGUUUAAAAACCACAGGACGUUCAGCACCAGAAGAAGUUGUUCUCCCUCUGGUGGUAUGUGGAGAAACAUUACUAUAAAGAUUAGAGUAUUUGAUGUGAAGUUUUCACACAUCAACCUUUUAUUUAAAACAAUUUCUGAAAAAGUCUUAAAAAAUAAAAAAAAAGUCCCCAAAAAUGAAUAAAAAUACAAUAAUUUGCCUGAUAA